CAUUUACGACGGGAGAGAGUUGGCACGUCUGAGAAAAUGAUAGGCAACAUAGCUACUAGAUGGAGGUUACUCAGUGGGGAGGAUAACUGGAAGAACCUCUUGGACCCUUUAGACAUCGAUCUUCGACAAUACAUUCUUCACUAUGGAGAUAUGGCACAGGCAACAUAUGACAGUUUCAACUCGAACAAGUUGUCGAAAUUUGCUGGGGACAGCCAUUAUGCAAAGAAGAACCUCUUCUCCAGAGUUGGUUUAGCUAUUGCCAACCCUUACAAGUAUAAGGUCACCAAAUUCUUCUAUGCAACUUCAGGGAUUGAAGUGUCAGAAGCGUUUUUGUUGAAGUCUCUUUCAAGGGAAGCUUGGAGCAAAGAGUCCAAUUGGAUGGGAUAUGUUGCAGUGGCGACCGACGAGGGAAAGACUGCAUUGGGAAGAAGGGACAUUGUAAUUGCUUGGAGAGGAACAAUACAAGCAUUGGAAUGGGUUAAUGACUUUGAUUUUCCUCUUGUUCCUGCCUACAAACUAUUUGGAGCAGCUAAUGAUUCUCAUGUUCAUAGAGGCUGGCUUUCCAUUUACACUUCUCAAGAUUCUCGAUCACCUUAUAACACUAACAGUGCAAGACAGCAAGUUCUAUCUGAAGUUGAGAGGCUACUAGAAGAAUAUCAAGAUGAAGAGAUCAGUAUAACCAUAACAGGGCACAGUUUAGGUGCUGCCCUUGGAACCCUGAAUGCAGCAGACAUUAUUGCAAAUCAGGUAAAUAAGAGGAAAAAGCAACCCCAGAAACCCUGCCCUGUAACAGCCUUCUUGUUUGGCAGUCCACAUGUAGGAGACUACAACUUCAGGAAGUGUUUUAAUUCCAUGAAUGAUCUUCAUCUGCUGCGAACUUGGAACAAAGCCGACAUAGUACCGGAUUACCCACUGACGGGUUAUGUGGAAGUCGGAGAGGAGCUGAUAAUCGACACACGAAAGUCAAAGUACUUGAAGAGUCCUGGAAAUUUCAAGAGCUGGCAUUCUUUGGAGGCUUAUCUUCAUGGGGUGGCAGGAACACAGGGAAAUGAAGGUGGAUUUAUUUUAGAAGUGAAAAGGGACAUAGCACUUGUGAACAAAUCUUUGGAUGCUCUCAAGGAUGAGUAUUUAGUGCCUGGCUCAUGGUGGUGUACCCAAAACAAAGGAAUGGUACAAGAUGCUGAUGGCUUUUGGAAGCUUGAAGAUCAUGAAACAGAUGAUGAGGAGCCUUAAGAACUGUUUUCUGUCAUUCUCACCCCUAAAAGCUCAAU